AUGUCCACAGUAUCAACUUAUGUCCGAGUCAGUAGCCUGGAAGAGCCGCUCUUCCAUCACCAUUUGUCUGUUGCGAAGACACCAGAGCCUACAACAACCCAUCGAUCCGGCAUUGCAUCAGCUACCAAACAACAUAAAAAGACGAAACAGAGCGCGCUGUUAUUGAAGGGCAUAGGGGAGCCAUAUACACUUGUGGCAGAUCAUGACGUCCCUACAGUAUCGCACAAAGACGAGAUCUUAGUCAAGAUCAUGGCUAUUGGAUUGAAUCCCAUCGACUGGAAAGGACCUGCAUACAACUUUGGGAUCCCAACCCUCCCAUGGAUCAACGGGCGUGACCUAGUCGGAGAGGUCAUCCAGGUGUCUUACGGUUGUUCCCGUCUUCGAGUCGGUGAUAUCGUCCUCGUUCCGUCCACAGACUACAGGGAUAUACGGAAGGCUGCCUUUCAAGAAUAUGCCGUGGCCACCCAUUUCAACGCUGCCCGCAUUCCGCCGACGGGGAAUAUACAAGCCUCUGCGUCUUUGGGGGUGGCCUUCGUUGCAGCUGCUCUAGCACUGGGUGUCUCAUUCGGAUUGGAUUUUGACCAUAUUCGGAGAUGUCCUGGACCAGAUCUCCCCGGAACUCUCCUACAAAUCGACCGCCAGGAACUUCCGACAGAUAUAACGGAUGAGUGCUUUCGAUCAUCUUCGAACGCGGAACGAACAACGCCAGGGGACUGGCUUGUAAUCUGGGGAGCAUCCACAACGACGGGUUAUAUCACUCUCCAACUUGCCAAACUUGCGGGACUGAGAGUCAUUUGUGUGGCCGAUGUAGCUCGGCACGGCGCCAAACUUCUCGAUGCUGGAGCAGACCUACUCGUUGAUCGCCACGACACCGCAAGAGCAGUGGACAUCAUCCGCGGCGUAACCAGAAAAAAGCUGAGAUAUGCUAUUGAUAUCGUGGGCAAGGACACGGCCACUCUAUUGCAGCAGACACUUGAUGCUACCGUGCACGAUGAUGGCUCACAUGCGCAUCUGCUGGGGUUGACUGGGUUACCCAAAGAGAGAGACAGCAGCAUUAUUUAUCACACAGUCCCAAUUAAACUGUUCCAUAGCUCUCCUGCAGUGGGAGAGGCUAUGGUGACUUGGCUUGAGGAGCUGCUACGAACGGAGACACUUCGAUUGCCGGAGAUUAUACUGGCAGAAGGAGGACUUGAAGGUGUCAACGCCUCGUUGGAGGACUUGAGACAGGGAAAGGCGUCUGGCAAGAGGAUUGUCACGAAUUUAGGACGGUAG